UAUAUGCCAUUCAUAAUACAAAAAGGGAGAAUUAUAUCUUUCUUGGCCAACAACGAUUUUCAAGAAGUGACUUUAAUCCGAUCGAAAACCUCACCUAACACCAGUUCCAUAUUAGAGAAAAUUUUCUCAUUCCUAGUAAGCCAAAUGACCCAAAUCACGGCACGCCAUACCAAAAGAAGACCCUUGUCAUUUAUUAUAACUUAGAUGACUGAAUAAAUAUAUAAUUAAGCAUUGUAUAAACAAUAGGAGCCUUCUCAUUGUAUUACUUAGGAAGAAAUUACACAAAUCUUCCUCAAGUGUUCCUCCCUUAGUAUCCUUCAUUUACUUUUCUUCAAUUUUUAAAAUGGGCACAGAAAAAAUAAGAUCUUGUGCAAAUUUCAUUGAGAAUUCUAAGCCAUACUUUGCCAUGAUCAUUUUACAGUUUGGUUAUGCAGGCAUGAACAUUAUAACCAAGCUUUCUCUCAAUGGAGGCAUGAGUCACUAUGUUCUUGUUGUAUAUCGCCACGUUUUUGCAACUAUUGCUAUAGCUCCCUUUGCCAUAAUCUUUGAAAGGAAGGCUCAACCAAAGAUUACAUUUUCAAUUUUCAUGCAAAUUUUCCUCCUAGCUCUGCUUGGGCCAGUGAUAGAUCAAAAUUUCUACUAUGCUGGGUUGAAAUUAACAUCCCCAACCUUCUCAUGUGCAAUCAGCAAUAUGCUUCCGGCCAUGACAUUCGUGAUCGCAAUUUUAUGCCGGAUGGAAAAAAUUAACAUGAAGAAGUUGAGAUGCCAAGCAAAGGUAAUUGGAACAAUGUUAACUGUGGCUGGUGCAAUGUUGAUGACCUUAUACAAAGGUCCUAUUGUGGAGUUGUUUUGGAGGACUAAAGAUCCACUUCAUAGUAAAGACAAUACAACAAACAUCACAACAUCUUCAAGCAAUGAUACUUGGUUCCUAGGCUCCAUUUUACUAAUUAUUUCAACUUUGGCAUGGGCAUCCUUGUUUGUUUUACAAGCUAAAGCUAUAGAAACAUACAAGAAUCAUCAGCUAACACUCACAUCACUUGUAUGUUUCUUUGGCACGCUUCUAGCUUUUGCUACAACUUUGGUUAUGGAACACAAAGAUUCUGUGUGGACAAUUGGUUGGGAUAUGAAUUUAUUAGCUUCUGCCUAUGCGGGGAUUGUUACAUCAAGUACAGCAUACUAUGUACAAGGGUUGGUAAUGAGAAAGAAAGGACCUGUUUUUACUACUUCAUUUAGCCCUUUGAUGAUGAUUAUUGUAGCAUUCAUGGGUUCCUUUAUCCUUGCAGAGCAGAUUUUUCUUGGAAGUGUGAUUGGUUCCAUCUUGGUUAUCAUUGGUUUAUAUUCUGUUUUGUGGGGUAAGCACAAAGAACAAGUGGUGGAAAAUAAAGUAGCACCAGAUGAUAAACCCUUGCCAAUAAAGGGUGCUAGGGUAAAUGGAAAUAAAGAGACAAUUUCUGAAUCCAUUGAUCAAUUUAGUGAAGCAAAAUCAUAUCAGAAAGGAGAACCAACCAUUUCAGUAGUUAUUAUUAAUUGCAACAUAAGUUGAUAAAAGUUUAAAAGGCAUAAACAAUAUCUGAUUCUUAUGCAAUUGUGAACUACAAUAUUGGACCAAAAAAUGAUGAAAUUUGGGUUGGUGAAACUUAUUGAAGAAUUUGAAUUUGUUUAUCAUAGGCUUAGCAACAUUAACUUUGGCUAAUUAGUUGUUUGUUGUAUGGUGAAUAAGAUAUAUGGAUCUUAUGGAUGUUGUUGAAUUUGUAAGGUAAUCUACCAAGGAGACAUAUAUGCACCUUGGUAGAGAUCUAAAGGAGUUGAAGAAGGCUUGGAAGCAAAGGUUUCCACUAGCCUCCAAUAAUUCAAGUUUCUGUUUUUUUUUUAAUUGAUAAAAUUACCAUGUUGGAUCGAUAAAGGCCCUUGAAAAUCAUAUUUAUUCCAAAUUAUUUUAUGUUGUCUGUUCGAAAA